CUGUGCCUAGAGAACAUAGCAGAAGCGCUUUGCUCCGUUUGUUUGAUAAGAAGAAUGUAGAAAAUGAGGAGAUGCGAGUUUAAUGGCUUGAAAAAUUGUAUUGUCCUUAUUAGCGGCCCUCAGAUUCCUACACCCAGGCCCGGGGAAGGCUGCGAGAGGAAUCCGGCAAAUUUACAGUCUUUCUGAACACUGGCUGCAAAGUAGCAGACCCUCCAGUAGAGGUCCGGCCUCGUUCUCAUCCUGUUUCUAACCUCUCAAGUGACCUUGAAAGGGACUACCAAGAGAGGAGAUGAUGUUCAGGGAUUUCAUCUUUCAUUUCCAGUUAUAAAGCAGAUUGAUCCUCAAGUGAAUCUAAGGAGAUACAUCUAUGGCGGGGAAGCCUUUAUUUCAUUACGAUGAGGCCCGGGGUAGAAUGGAGUCUGUGCGGUGGCUGUUGGCUGCAGCUGGAGUAGAGUAUGAAGAGAAGUUUAUACACACUAAUGAAGACUUGGAGAAGUUAAGAAAUGAUGGAGUUCUGAUGUUCCAGCAAGUGCCCAUGGUGGAGGUUGAUGGGAUGAAGCUGGUACAGACGAGAGCCAUUAUGAACUAUUUUUCCAACAAACACAACCUCUAUGGGAAGGACAUGAAGGAGAGAGCCCUGAUCGAUAUGUAUUCGGAAGGGUUGGCAGAUUUGAAUGAGAUGUUUAUUCUCUACCCAUUUGACCCACCUGGGGUCAAAGAAGCAAAUAUUGCUCUGAUGAAAGAAAAAGCAACAAACCGUUACUUUCCUGCCUUUGAAAAGGUGUUUAAGAGCCAUGGACAAGACUACCUCGUUGGUAACAAGCUAAGCAAAGCUGAUAUUCACCUGGUUGAGAUGAUCUACAACAUGGAAGAGUUGGAUGCCAACAUUAUAGCCAACUUCCCUCUGCUGCAGGCUCUGAAAACCCGAGUCAGUGACAUGCCCACCAUAAAGAAGUUUCUGCAGCCUGGCAGCCAGAGGCAACCUCCUGUUGAUGAGAAAAGUAUACAGAAAACAAGGAAGAUUUUCAAGUUUUAGUGAUAUGAGAUGGAACAAGUACUACAGCUACGUGUUGUCCCUGAACAUUGGGAGACAGUGAGCUUUCUCACUGGAGCCUAUUAAUAAAAUAAUGGGUUUCUAUGAUACAGUUUAAUGAAAACUAUUUUGUUAUAGAUACUCUGUGGAAUUGGUUUUCUAAUUCCCCAAUAUAAAGCUCUCCUAUAAUAAAAAAAUUAAUUAAAAAUUGUG